AUGAUUCUGGGGAACCUACUUAUUAUCCUUGCCACUGUCUCUGACCCCCACCACCACACCCCUAUGUACUUCUUCCUCAUCAACCUCUCCUUGAACGAUAUCUUCUAUGUCUCUACCAUCAUCUCCAAGAUGCUGACUAACCUCUGCAGCUUCAGCAUUGUCAUCCCCAUCUCCAGGCUGAAGACAUUCAUGAAAGGGGGGCAAUGCCACCCCCUGCACUAUACGGUCAUCAUGAAUCCCCGGCUCUGUGGUCUUUUGCUUCUGGGGUGCUGGAUUCUGAGUGUCCUGAAUUCUUCCCUUGAAGUCCUAGUGGCAUUGCGUCUGUCCUUCUGCACCGAGGUGGAGAUCCCACACUUUUUCUGUGAACUCAAUAUGGUGGUGAAACACGCGUGUUCAGACACUUUUCUGAACAACGUGGUCAAGUAUAGUGCUGCCCUCCUACUUGGUGGGGGGCCUGUACUCGGUAUUAUUUACUCCUACUAUAAGAUCGCCUCCUCCAUCCGUGGCAUCUCAUCAGCUCAAGGCAAGUAUAAAGCCUUUUCCACCUGUGCCUCUCACCUCUCUGUGGUAGCCUUGUUUUAUUUUACAGGCAUGGGGGUGUACCUGAGCUCAGGGGCUAGUGAAAGGUCAAAUGCAAGUACCAUUGCCUCCGUGUUGUACACAGUGAUCACCCCCAUGCUGAACCCCUUCAUUUACAGCCUCAGGAACAAAGAUAUCAAGAAGUCUCUGAACACUCUUUUUGUGCAAGGAAUGAAAAAAAGGUCAGUUAUACUGCAUUGA